AGCACUUCUCACCUUAAGGGCCUCGGGCGGAUCCCCACGCUCCCCUGCUCCCCGGGAUCCCCGGAGGCUGGACUCUGCUGUUCCUUCCCCACAGUGGCGACACCUCGUGCCUUGGGGCGGGGGUGGCGGCUUCUAAACUGGGCAUCACACAGGCUAGGAACUCUGCCCCCCACCAGGGCUCGGGUGUCUCACACAAUACGGCCACACACGCCCGGGUCCGCCCCUUCCUGGGCACCCUGGGAGCUGCCGUUCCCAGGGCGACAGUCAACACAGGCAGGAGCUCCUUACGCAGCGGGGCUAAGACGUUUCCCAGCCUGGAGGCUUGUGUUCUCAUCGGCCACUCUGAGAUCGGGGUGCAAGGGGACAGAGGAGGACCCCUGUCAAGCCCUCCAGGACUGAAAGGGAGGGAGGACCUCAGGCAGCACCCCCAUGGGGACCCGCCCCACCCCCGGGCUCCAGAGAACCACAUCAGCGGGCUACCGACUGCCCACCACCAGGCGGCCGGCCUCAGUCUCCCCGGCUGCCCGAGGUGGCCCUGCGGCCGGCAGGGGUCUCGCUGGUGGCGGCCAGGCCCCGCGGGAGGCCCAGGGCGUGCAGCAGGACCAGCUGUGGCGGGAGCUGGUGGAGGCCGAGGGGCGCGGCCGGCGGCGCUGGGUUGAGAACUGGAGUUUCCUGAAAGACUAUGACCCGAUGGGCAAUAAGAAGGAGCCUGAGAAGCUGCCGGACUCCGUGCCCCUCUUCUCGGACACACUCCCCAAUUCCACAAACCAGGUUGUGGGCAGCAGGGUGGACACGCCCCUGGGGAGGACCCUCAUCCGCAUGGACUUCUCUGUCACCGAAGGGGUUCGGAAGAAGAAGCUGGAGGUCGAGCUGCAGCCGGCCUAGGAGCAACCCCGGCCUCCGCAGCCCACAGGUCUGCAUGUCACUGGGGCUCGGCUGACCUUGGCUGCAAGCUUCGACUGCAAAUUUUGCCUACAUGUUUUCCAUCCUCUUGGAUCCAGAGCCUCCUGCAGCAGUCUUCUCGUAGCCCACCACCACAGGGCCGGGACCCCUCUGAACCACAGGAUGCUCAGUGGCCUCUGCACAUAGAGCAUGUCUCUGCACUCUGCAGCCAACCUGUGUGGCCCUGGAGAUGCUCAUGACCAGCCACACUCCCGCCGAUCCCUGCCCCACCUGCCUUCUUUUCAAGAGGACAUCUGCACUUGACCUUCCCCACCCCUGAGCCACCCACCAGAACCAAGGGAACUGGGACCAGGUUCUGACCCAGUGUCUUGCUUUGUUCCGGAGGCUGGCUGGGCUGGGAGGCCUCAGGGCCCGGGUACAGCAAGAGCAAAAGGGGCAUUGUCAACAGAGAGAUGUGUGGGUGUCUCAGAGCCAAGGACUGGGCAGCAGCAGGGAUCUGGAAGGGACAGGAAGCAGGAGCCAAAGAGCCAUCGUGAAGCCUGGAAGGAUUCUUCCUUCCCUUCUGAUCACUGCUUCUCUGAGCGCCUCGGCCUCAUUCUGCUCUCUGGAAGACCUAGCAUCUCCGCUUCCACAUGAUAAAAAAAAAAAAAAAAACAGAACAACCACCAUCCAAGUAAGCCAGGAGCACCUUCCUGUGUUAGGAAAUAAGGCAGUGUUCAAACUCGAUGAGGAACAUAAAAGGGACAGAAGAACCAACCUGAAGGGGAUCCCACGGGACAUAUUUGGGACAACAAAUAUGGAAAAUGAAGGACAAUAAAACCCAUACCCACCAGGCAAGAUGGCGCACACCCGUAAUCCCACCUACUCCAGAGGCUGAGGCAGGAGGAUCACAAGUUUGAGGCCAGCCUGGGCAACUUAGACCCUGUCUCAAAAUAAAAUAGAAAGGGCUGGGGUGUAGCUCAGUGGUGGAGCACUUGCCAGACAUCAUGCAUGAGACCCAAGGUCCAAGCCCCAGGAACAAAAGAAAAAGAAGAGGCCAUACCUGGCUACACCUGAGAAGCCACUUCCCAUGGCAGUGCCCACUAACUACAUUCAAUAACACUAAUAAUGAUAAUAAUGAUAAUAAAUCUAACAAUUUUUAAAAUUUCAGGUAUCAAGGAGGAACUCUUCUAUUGAAGAUAAGAAGUUAUAGAGUAAAUAACAACAAAUCACUUUUUCCUUUUUAUGGUACUGGGGAUUGAACUCAGAGUGCUCAAACACAGAGCCACAUUCUAACCUUUUUUUUUUUUUUUUGCUUUUUUUUUUUAGUUUUAGGUGGACACAAUGUCUUUAUUUUAUAUUUUUGCUGAGGAUCGAACCUAGUACCUUAUGCAUACUAGGCGAGCGCUCUACCACUGAGCCACAACCCCAGCCCCACUUUUUUUGCAUUUUAUUUAGAGACAGGGUCUCACUGAGUUGCUUAGGGCCUUGCUGAGUUGCUGAGGCUGGCUUUGAACUUGUGAUCCUCCUGCCUCAGCCUUCCAAGACACUGGGAUUACAGGUGUGUGCCACCAUACCCUAAAAUCACCUUUUGGUGCCUGUCAUAGCAAUACUAAUUUAGGUAAGAAUAAAAGAUACUAAAAACAUUGGGCCAAAGAUUCUUAGGGAACAGUAAAUGCUGAAAUCUAGAACAUACCACCUUAACCAACUUAAUAAACUCAACCCCACAAAGAGCAAGACAACUGACCCAAGGUAGUAAGUCCUCCUGCCAAAUAUAAGUAAAUAAAUAGCAUAACCUGAGUGUAAUCAGCAAAGAACUCCAGGCAAACUCAAACAGAGGGACAUUCUGCCAAAUAGUUGGCCUUGAUUCUUCGAAAACAUCCAUGUCAUGAAAGACAAAGGAAGGCUGGAAAGUGAUCCAGACCAGACUGGACAGACCAUCCUGGAUCCAGCUCCAGGGUUCAAGCAAAGCUGGUUAUAAAGGACACUUUGCUGAGUCUUAGAAGAUGGACUAAACCUGAGGUGACAACAUUGUAUCAGUGUCCCACUGCCUGCAGAGUGUGCAGCAUGGGAUGAUUUUUCUGGGGUUACCUAGAACACUCUUGCUCUUAGGAGGCCCCGCUGCUGCAGUCUGUAAAGUGCUGUGAGGUCUAUAACAAACUCACCAAUAGCUUAACACGAACGUUUGGUGUGUAAAUAGAGAUAGAUAAAGCAAUGUGGAUAAAGUGUCAACAGCUAGUUAAUUUAGAUGAAGAGUGAGUGUCCAUUGUACUAUUUUUUUUUGACCAUUCCAAGGGUUUGAGAAUUGAAAAUAAAAAAUAAAGGUGGGAGAAUGGCCACCACCAA